AUGACAUCACUUCCCUCUGGCUGGACCCUGCGGCUCCUGGGGACCCUGGUACUCAUGCUGCUGCCCGGGGGAGCUCUCAGUUAUUGUGUUGAUCCACCUGACAUUCCCAAUGCUGUUCGGAAGACUAGGGUUGGCACAUUGAUUCCAGCUGGGAAGGUGAUUAAAUAUGGCUGCCACCCAGGUUAUAAGCUGAUCGCUGGACUAAGGCAAGGGCGUAUUACUUGUCUUGAAAAUUCGACAUGGUCUUCAGCGCCGAACUUUUGUCAGAAAGUUCGUUGUCCAGCUCCAGAUGUUAACAAAGGAACACAGACACCGAUGCCUAGACCUGGAGAGGAGACCUAUGCGUUUGGGGACAGAGUUACAAUUAAAUGUGAUUUUGGAUAUGAUAUCAAAGGCAGUAUCAUCGGAAAUGCUCAGAUUAGCUGCAAACAUGAUGGCACAUGGGAUCCUGCCGUACCAGUUUGUGAACCAGUUCUAGUUUGUGCCCAACCCCCGAACAUCUCCCACGGCCAGCACAGUGACUGGGGCAAGAGAGUUUUUUUUGUUGGCUCAUCGGUAACUUACAAAUGUGACAGAGGCUUCUCACUUGUUGGAAAUGCCUCCAUUCAGUGUAUCGCUGGUGAUGAGGUCACUCCAACCUGGAGCGAGCCUACCCCUCAGUGCGAAGAGACUCAGUGUCCAGUCCCACAUAUUCAACAUGGAAGCCUGAAAUCUCCACUUCCACAUAACUAUACACACAGAACCAGUGUCACGUUUCAGUGUGAUCCUGGUUACAUCCUCAGGGGCGCUGAGAAGAUUCAAUGCCAAGCUGAUGGCAAGUGGUAUCCGCAGCUACCCGUUUGUGACCUAGGGGCGCUGAUAGGAUUCAAUGCCAAGCUGAUGGCAAGUGGUAUCCGCAGCUACCCAUUUGUGGCCCAGACUUGA